AUGAUUCUCGCCGGCUUCCUCACGUCUCCGGUCAUCGCGAUCCUCUUGAAGCUCGCCCUCCCUGAGAUGGCCGCCGACGACGACGACGACGACGUCGAGAAGACGGCGUCGUGCGGCAAGGAGUUGAAGCUGACCAACAUCGCGGACGGGUGCUGCGACAACAACGUGAAGGACGCCAACGGCUGCGAGACCUCGCUGAAGAACAAAAACGUACGCGUCCGAUUCCUCUUGUCCCUCAUCGUGGGCGACUUCUUCCACAACUUCACCGACGGCGUCUUCAUCGGCGCCGCGUUCCAGUGCAACGCGACGCUCGCGUGGAGCAUCGUCGGCGUCACCGUCAUGCACGAGGUCCCGCAAGAGCUCGGCGACUUCGCAGUGUUGAAGAACCAACUCGGGUUCUCAACGCCUGCGGCGCUCCUGUACAACUUCAUCGCCGGCUCGUCCGUAAUGCUCGGAGGCAUCGUCGUCAUGUCCUCGAGCGUGAGUGACGUCAGCGUCGGCAUGCUUCUCGCGUACGGCGCGGGGAACUACAUCUACUGCGCGACGGUGCACAUGUUCUCGCAAGGGUCGAAGAGCGCGAUUUUCGACGCGAAGCGCCUGUUCGCGUUCGCGAUCGGCUGCGUCAUCAUCGGUCUCAUCUUGCUCGACCACGAGCACUGCACGGCGACGUACGGCACCGCCACGGGGGGGGACGCGCACGCGCACUGA